GUGCGUCAUCAUCAAGGCAACGUCACUAGUCCGGGGCCGGCCCAGAGCGGAGAAGAGGGCCUCGCGGUGAAGAUGGACAGCCCGGAACGACUAACCCUCCCCACCGGACGGUCCCUGCAGCAUAGAUGGCCCGGACCAGCUCACCCUUCCUUCCUACCGAGGGGAGAUCAAUCAUGUUCCCUCGGGUUUUGUGGUUCCUGUUCAUAUUACAUGCCCAGACUUCCGUGGCCCAGAAUUAUUUUGAAGAGAGAAGAAAUGGAAGAUUUAGGCCCAAAGCUUUAGUAUCUGGCCCUGUGGAGAAGGUUCCCAGCAUCAGUGAACAAGAUGAAGACUGCCUUUUGGAAAUGGGGUUCCUCCUGGACAGUUCAGAAAGCGCCAAGGACUAUAAUCACAAUCAGGAGAAAAGAUUUGUUUUGCAAAUGGUAGACAAGCUAAAAAGUGUUCAGCUGGACUCCAAGAGGCCUUUCAGCUGGAGGAUGGCAUUGAUUCAGUACAGCAGCACAGUACAGAUAGAGCAAACCUUCAGAGACUGGAAAGGACCUGAUAAUUUUAAAGCUCGCAUUGCUCCCAUAGCAUACAUUGGCCACGGUACAUUCACCUCCUACGCCAUAACCAAUUUAACUCAGCUGUAUAUGAAUGAAGGUACACACAAAAGUGUGAAGGUGGCCGUGCUUCUAACCGAUGGGGUAGACCAUCCCAGAAAUCCCGAUAUAUUUGCCGCUACUGCCAAUGCCAAAAACCAUGAUGUUAAGCUUUUCAUUGUUGGAAUGACGUCUGUAGCCAAGGAGGCCACCAAUGCUGCAAAGCUACGACUCCUGGCUAGCGUGCCUGCCACCAGGUUUGUCUUCCAUUUGCAGGAAACGGAUAUUGUGGAUAGGAUGAUCAAGGAAGUGAAAGAACUAGCAGAAGAAGGGUGUCGGCAAUCUCCUGUUUGUACCUGUGAAAAAGGUGAAAAGGGUCUUCCUGGAGCCGCUGGUAAGAAAGGUCGGCCUGGUGAUGAUGGUAUUCCCGGACAGAAAGGCGGUAAGGGUGAAUCCGGUCUUAAUGGUAUUCCUGGAAGAGACGGUUUAGAGGGAAAACCUGGAUAUAAAGGAGAGCAGGGGGAGAGAGGAGAAUGUGGUAUUCCUGGUGUCAAGGGAGAUCGGGGUCCUGAAGGUCCAACUGGCCCAAGAGGACUGAGAGGAGUGCAGGGUGUUCAAGGACCUCCAGGAGAUCAGGGACCUGAAGGACUUCAAGGAUCAAAAGGGGACAGAGGUGUUCCUGGACCACCUGGAGUACAAGGAGAAACAGGAGUAGGACUCCCUGGACCCAAGGGAGACCUAGGUCCACACGGAAGACCAGGACCAAGUGGACCACCUGGAGUUGGUGAACCGGGAUCGCCAGGCCCUCAGGGAGCACAGGGGCUUCCAGGAGAAAGAGGAUCACAAGGAGAAGGACUGCCAGGACCAAAGGGAGACCGAGGAUUUGAAGGCCCAAGAGGAACUCGUGGACCACCAGGUCCUGGAAUUCAGGGCGAUAAAGGCGAGUUUGGUCCUCCUGGAUUGCCAGGACCAAUUGGUUUACCUGGUGUUGGAAUACAAGGAGAAAAGGGAGUUCAGGGUCCUGUUGGGCCACCAGGUAUGAGAGGACCACAAGGAGAAGGACUCAUGGGGCCAAAGGGAGACCAAGGUUUGCCAGGAGAAUCUGGACUACCUGGAGAAAGAGGAAUUGGUGAACCUGGAGCAAAGGGUGAACCAGGAUCUGCAGGUUUAGCUGGGUUACCUGGUUUACCAGGAGAAGACGGCGCUCCAGGACAAAAGGGUGAGCCAGGACUUCCAGGUCUCAGGGGUCAAGAGGGGUCUCCUGGUCUUGGCAUACAGGGUGAAAAGGGAGACCAAGGACAACGUGGCAUCCGUGGGUUAACAGGGCCCCCAGGACCUGCUGGACCAUCAGGACCAAAAGGUGAACCUGGUGCUGCAGGGCGUAUUGGAAUGCCAGGGCCCCCUGGUCGGGCAAUAGUUGGUCCUAAGGGAGACAUUGGCCUACCAGGUCCACAAGGUCUUAUCGGAGAACCAGGAAUUGGUAUUGCAGGUCCAAAGGGUGACAGAGGCAAUCCAGGACCAUCAGGACCAUAUGGACCAAAGGGAGAUGGGUUUGCAGGACCUCCAGGAAUGCCAGGACUUCCAGGACUUCCAGGUGAUCCUGGACCAGACGGCAUUGGGCUUCCAGGACCAAAGGGAGACCCCGGUUUCAGAGGUCCUGUUGGUCUAUCCGGUCCCCCUGGUGAAGGUCUGCCUGGACCUAAGGGUAAUGCGGGAAAAACAGGAUUUCCAGGUCCCCAGGGUCCUCCAGGAGAAGGCAUACAGGGUGCAAAGGGAGAACAAGGAGGUCAAGGUUUGCCAGGGCCACGUGGACCUCCAGGCGAGGGACUUCUAGGGCCGAAGGGUGAUCGAGGUUCUGCUGGUGAAAGAGGAAGAAAGGGGGAUAAAGGUGACGGUGGAGAUCCUGGAAACCCUGGAGACACGGGAAAAACUGGAAGUAAAGGAGAUCCUGGAUUAACAAGAGAAGAUAUCAUUAAGAUGAUUAAGGAAAUUUGUGGUUGUGGUGUUAAAUGUAAAGAGAUUCCUAUGGAACUUGUCUUCGUCAUCGACAGCUCUGAGAGUGUUGGACCAGAAAACUUUGAAAUUAUCAAAGACUUUGUGACAGCCCUGGUUGAGCGUGUAACAGUAGGACGAAAUGCCACUCGUAUAGGACUUGUCCUCUACAGUUUAGAAGUGAAGCUUGAAUUUGGCCUGAACAGGUUCACGACUCAGCAAGAUGUAAAGCAAGCUAUUAGGAAGGUGAUGUACAUGGGAGAAGGUACCUAUACGGGAACUGCCAUAAGAAAGGCUACACAGGAAGGUUUUUACGGUGCAAGAAAUGGAGUCAGAAAAGUAGCUCUUGUCCUCACAGAUGGUCAGACAGACAAGAGAGAAACUGUGAAACUGGACAUAGCUGUUCGGGAGGCCCAGGCAGCCAAUAUAGAAAUGUACGCCAUUGGAAUUGUGAAUUCCAGUGACCCAACUCAACAAGAAUUCAUAAGGGAACUAAAUCUUAUCGCAUCAGACCCUGAUGCUGAACACAUGUAUUUAAUCGAUGAUUUCAACACUUUAACAGCGUUGGAAUCAAAGUUGGUGAACCAGUUCUGUGAGGAUGAAAAUGGAGCUCUCAUCUACAACCGGGUUGGAAACAAAAUCAGCACAAUAUAUCCACAGAAGGGUUCUUCCAGUUCUAGCGUUAUUGCCUCUCCAGGCAGCAAUGACCGCGUCAACACAGAAGAAAAUCUUAGAUUAGAAGAAAAACGUCGGUUAGAGGAAAGAAUUAGGUUAGAAGAAGAAAGAAUUCGACAAGAAAGACUUAGACAACAAGAAUUAAUUCGACAAGAAGAAGAAAGGAUUCGUCAAGAAGAAGAAAGACGAAGGAAACAAGAGACUAUUGUUAUUUCCCGGGAGUCACAAGUUCCGAAAACACAAAUUGAGUCUGUUCCGAGUAUAGAUGAAGGGGAAGAGGAAGAGGAUUAUGAUGAAGGGGAAGAGGACAUAGAUCAGCCAAUAUCUAAUAAUAAUAGAGUAGUAUCCUCAUCAUCAGCUGAGAUAGCAGCUCCUUCAACAUCAUCAUCUUCAUCUAGGACUGUCAUAUUAUCUCCAAGUUCAUCAGAGAAAGUUGAACCGAUAGUACCAAAAAUAGAAUAUAUCCAGGAUGCACGAUGCAAGCUUCCGUUAGAUCAGGGUCCAUGCCGGACUUAUAUCAUAAAAUGGUAUUAUGAUAAGCAAGCCAAUUCUUGUGCCCAGUUCUGGUACGGUGGCUGCAGUGGAAAUGCUAAUCGUUUUGAUACUGAAGAUGAAUGUAAGAAAUCCUGUGUCCACCCUCACGAGGGAGAAAAAUAACAGAGAAAAGUGAGAGGCUCUACUCUAGAAACUGAAGGAUUCAAUGAAACAUUUCCGUAUAUGUGUCAAUUCACCAUCACUUCUGAUUACGAUAUCAUGGAAUUGCUGUUUUUUAUUCACCUACAACCUUAUCUGAAUGUUAAAAAUGUUGUUUUAUCCUUCGUACUCACUUAAACUGACAUCACACAAUAGGAGAUCAACCCUUUUUUUUAUCUCAUGAACCAAUGUUCCCUAAUACUACUGUAGUUUGAAUGCUAUAAUGUUCUAUAUAGCUCUGCUUUCUAUGAGCCUAUACAAUGCUAACCACAUCUACAGAACCUAAGGCGCAAUCUACGUAGAAUGUUCUGCGAUGGAGAGCCUCAAUUUCUUUCAAUGGGCUUUCCGUGGAAGUUCAACUGGUUCCAGAAAGUUAAACAGAUUUGUAAAUUACUUCUAUCA